AUGGAGCCCUCCGACCAGUCCAGCCGCGACGAUCUGGCGGAGCUGGUUGCUGCGGCGCAGUCCAAGGAUGUGCGCGAGCGUUGCCGAGCGGUGCAGGCGGCGCAAGAGUGGGUGCACACUCGCGAGGCGCUCGCGCCCGCCGCCGCCGCCAGCCUCAUCGAGGCGAUCCGGCCGGCGCUGGCCGACUCGAGCCCCAAGGUGGUGCAGGGCGCGCUCGAGCUGGCGGGCACGCUCGUGGAGCGCUUGGGCGACGCGCUGUCGCCGCACUUCUCCGGGCUGUGGGCGCCGAUCCUCGAGCGGCUGGGCGACGCAAAGCCGUCGCUGCGGGAGCGCGCCGUUGAGCUGGCGGUCUCCGGCGCGACGCUCGCCGUGCCGACCGCCGAGGCGCUCGACGCUCUGCGGCCCGGCUUUGAGCACCGCAACUGGCGCACGCGUGAG